GUUUAAAUAGAAAAAGUAUCUUAAAAACCAGUUUUUGUGUUAAGAUUUCUGUUGGACCCCCCCCCCCCUCCAUAGACAGGAAGUGGACUUUAUUUUGAAAUAAAGUGGGAGUUUCCAGCAGAGCGGCGCUUCACGUGUGAGCCGCUGCAGUUCACAUGUUCUGCCAGCAGGCGGCGCCAGCCGCUGCCCUGACACCAACGUUUAGGCUUUUACUUUGAAAGUCUUUCGAACUGAAACGUAUCGGGGAUGUUAGAUAUUUCUAAAUUAAAGUUAAAAAUGAACAGUUUGUUUACUCAUAUUUCCACUUCAAAGCUGAUGUCGGUUAAAGAAAAAACAUUUUUUAUGGCUUGAAAGAUAAAAAGUAAAGGACUUGAAAUGAAAAAAGACUGUCUGCUGCUUUUGCUUCCAAAAAAAGAAUUCUGGAGGCAGGAGAACCACAACAUGGCAGUUAAAUGUUCUUAAUGGUUCUAUCAAUCCACUCAUUCAAAGAGGUCAAAGGUGACAUGAAGACAUUUGGAGGAAGCGUUCAAAAUGUUAUGGAUGUUCAGAACCAGGGCUGCUCCAGAGUUCGGAUCCGUGUUCUUGCUGUUCUGCAGCGUUUUACCUUCGGACCCCCCCCAGUGGUGGUUCUUGGGCUCCGUGUCUGGAUCUUGAGCAGAGCAGCUGCAGCGUCUUUAACCUGUUUGAACUUCAUCCAGACAAAACUUAAGGGGCGGGAUCACAAACCAGCUGAGCAGCGGCAGGAGGCGGGGCUAAGUCCCACACAGGGAUCAGUGCUGGGCGGAGCCUGGGCUCAGUGGCUGCAGCCGUGAGUCUGCAGUCACACGGCGUGAGGAGGAGACGGCGAGCUGCCAUGGCCUGUCUGAUGGCGGCCUGGUCCGUGCUCAACCCCAGCGAGACCAACGCCAUCCUCAUGAACACCAACGGGCCCCCGGACCUGAUGCUGGACCCGCGGACGGUGGGCGUCUGCCUGGACGAGGUGGUGAGGUGGCCGACCGGAACCACGCAGACGCCGCCGCUGACGGGACACCUGAAGAGGGCGGACAACAGCCUGACCGAGGCCCAGAGGUUCUCCUCGUUACCACGGAGACCAGCGGUCAACAUCGAGUUCCGAGAUGUGUCGUACUCCAUCAGGGAGGGGCCCUGGUGGAGGAAGAAAGGUUUCAAAACUCUGCUCAACGGGAUCUCCGGGAAAUUCACCAGUGGGGACCUGGUGGCCAUCAUGGGGCCCUCGGGGGCCGGGAAGUCCACCCUCAUGAACAUCCUGGCUGGGUACAGGGAGACGGGCAUGAAGGGGCAGAUCCUGAUCAACGGUCAGCCCCGAGACCUGCGCUCCUUCAGGAAGGUGUCCUGCUACAUCAUGCAGGACGACAUGCUGCUGCCCCACCUGACCGUGCACGAGGCCAUGAUGGUCUCUGCCAACCUGAAGCUGCAGGAGAAGGUGGAGGCUAGAAGAGAGAUGGUCCAGGAGAUCCUGCGCGCUCUGGGUCUCCUGGACUGCUCCCAAACCAGGACGUCCCGCCUGUCGGGGGGUCAGAGGAAGAGGCUGGCCAUCGCCCUGGAGCUGGUCAACAAUCCUCCAGUCAUGUUCUUUGAUGAACCUACAAGCGGUCUGGACAGCUCGUCCUGCUUCCAGGUGGUGUCUCUGCUCAAAGCUCUGGCCCGGGGGGGUCGGACGGUCGUCUGCACCAUUCACCAGCCCAGCGCCAAACUCUUCGAGCUCUUCGAUAAGCUCUAUGUGCUGAGUCAGGGUCAGUGCAUCUACAGGGGGAGGGUGUCCCGCCUGGUUCCGUACCUGCAGGGGCUGGGCCUGAGCUGCCCCACCUACCACAACCCUGCUGACUUUGUCAUGGAGGUGGCGUCGGGGGAGUACGGGGACCAGAUGGUGAGACUGGUGAAGGCAGUUCAGGACAGCAAAUGGGAGGAGCAUCAGACGGACGCAGACGGAGACCCUAAACUCCUGUGGCAGCGCGUGGAGGAGGUAGAAAUCCAACAGACCCAAACGUCUGAACGGCGGGGCUGUUGGUUCAAGGACAGAACCACGCGGUCCGGUUCUGUCCCUGAACGUUCUCUAAGCAGAGCUGCUGUUCUUCAGGAGAGCUCCUCGUCUGACGGCUGCCACAGCUUCUCUGCCAGCUGCCUGACCCAGUUCAGCAUCCUGUUCCAGAGGACCUUCCUCAGCAUCCUCAGAGACUCGGUCCUGACUCACCUGAGGAUCUCGUCCCACAUCGGGAUCGGCGUCCUGAUUGGUCUGCUGUACCUGGGCAUCGGAAACGAGGCCAAGAAGGUUCUGAGCAACUCGGGGUUCCUCUUCUUCUCCAUGCUGUUCCUCAUGUUCGCCGCUCUCAUGCCCACCGUCCUAACGUUUCCUCUGGAGAUGGGCGUCUUUCUGCGGGAACAUCUGAACUACUGGUACAGUCUGAAGGCUUACUACCUGGCCAAGACAAUGGCGGACAUGCCCUUUCAGGUGGCGUUCCCCCUGGUGUACUGCAGCAUCGUGUACUGGAUGACGGCUCAGCCUCCGGACGCCGCGCGCUUCUUCCUCUUCCUGUCUCUGGGGGUCCUGACGUCUCUGGUGGCGCAGAGUCUGGGUCUGCUGAUCGGAGCCGCCUCCACCUCCCUGCAGGUGGCCACGUUUGUGGGUCCGGUCACAGCCAUCCCGGUUCUGUUGUUCUCUGGGUUCUUCGUCAGCUUCGACACCAUCCCCUGGUACCUGCAGUGGAUCUCCUACGUCUCCUAUGUCAGGUACGGCUUCGAGGGCGUCAUCCUGUCCAUCUACGGGUUGGACCGGGCCGACCUUCACUGCGAUGAGAACGACACCUGUCACUUCCAGAAGUCGGACGCCAUCCUAAAGGAGCUGGACAUGCUGGACGCCAAACUCUACCUGGACUUCCUCAUCCUCGCCAUCUUCUUCCUGUCUCUGCGGCUCAUCGCUUACUUCGUCCUGCGCUACAGGCUCCGAUCUGAGCGGUAGACCGGACCAGCAGCUCCAGUGGACACGGUUUCAUGAGAUGGUGGAUCAGGACCAGAGCUGGUCUCUGGUUUCCUGAAGCUGUCUCUGUGCCACGACUUAAAAGUCUGCAGGAAAACGUAAUCCUGCUUUUCAGAAUAAAAGCCUGGCUAUCAGAUCCACCUGUUUCAGUCAAAACGUCUGAAAUAAUAACAGCAGAAGAUGAAGACCUCCUCCACCAUAAUACUUGCUCCAUCCAGGGGCAGCACCUCCUUCUUAAAGCUGGUUUCAAACCCAAACUACCUGGAGCCAGGUCAGUUCACCAGGUAACCACUGGGGGGUUGUUCCACGUGAAGUCCGCCUCCAUUCAAUAUGAUGUGAAACAUCCUCAAACUAGAAAAGUGAAUCAAAACAAACAUCUUUGGAAAGUUACUUCAUGCAGAAAAGAACCGCAGUAGAACAGGAAGAACCUUCACUUUCAAAAUAAAAGAAGUCUGUAUUUAACAGAGUCUUCACUGGAAAGCCACUCUGCAUAGCAUGGUGACCGACUCAUGAAUGUUAUGAUGAUGAUGCUGCUAAUAAAGUUAUAAACAGUGAAA